GAGUCCGCGGCGGCGGCUGCGGGAACUUUCCCGGCGGGUCUAAUGGCUGCGCGCGGGCCGCUGUGAGGCGCGGUGGCGAGCGGGCGCGGGGCCGCGGAGCAGUGAGGAGCGACGAGCGCGAGGCCGGAGCUCCGGCCAGGCCCGGCCCGACCCGCCGAGCCCGCGAUGCGCCCGGGGACCGCCCCCCGGCGCAGCUGACGCCCCGCGGCCCCGCGGACCCCGGCCCGGCCCCGCAGGAAGCGGCGCCGCCGCCCAGCCCAGCGCCCGCGCCGCCCGGCACGAUGGCGGGGAAGGCGGCUGCUCCGGGCACCGCGGUGCUGCUGGUCACGGCCAACGUGGGCUCGCUCUUCGACGACCCAGAAAACCUGCAGAAGAACUGGCUUCGUGAAUUUUACCAGGUCGUGCACACCCACAAGCCUCAUUUCAUGGCCCUGCACUGCCAGGAGUUCGGAGGAAAGAACUAUGAGGCCUCCAUGUCCCACGUGGACAAGUUUGUCAAGGAACUACUCUCAAGUGAUGCAAUGAAAGAAUACAACAGGGCUCGAGUUUACCUGGAUGAAAACUACAAGUCACAGGAGCAUUUCACGGCACUAGGAAGCUUUUAUUUUCUUCAUGAAUCCUUAAAAAACAUCUACCAGUUUGACUUUAAAGCUAAGAAGUAUAGAAAGGUCACUGGCAAGGAGAUCUACUCGGACACCCUGGAGAGCACCCCCAUGCUGGAGAAGGAGAAGUUUCCACAGGACUACUUCCCCGAGUGCAAAUGGUCAAGAAAAGGCUUCAUCCGGACGAGGUGGUGCAUUGCUGACUGUGCCUUCGACUUGGUAAACAUCCACCUUUUCCAUGAUGCAUCCAACUUAGUGGCCUGGGAGACAAGCCCUUCUGUGUACUCGGGCAUCCGGCACAAGGCCCUGGGUUACGUGCUUGACAGAAUCAUCGAUCAGCGAUUCGAGAAAGUUUCCUACUUUGUCUUUGGCGAUUUCAACUUCCGCCUGGAUUCCAAGUCCGUGGUAGAGACCCUAUGCACCAAGGCCACCAUGCAGACUGUCCGGGCCGCUGACACCAAUGAGGUUGUGAAGCUGAUAUUCCGGGAGUCAGACAAUGACCGGAAGGUGGUGCUGCAGCUAGAGAAGAAGCUUUUCGACUACUUCAACCAGGAGGUCUUCCGGGAUGACAAUGGCACUGCGCUCUUGGAAUUUGACAAAGAGUUGUCUGUCUUUAAGGACAGACUGUAUGAACUGGACAUCUCAUUCCCCCCCAGCUACCCGUACAGCGAGGACUCCAGGCAGGGUGAGCAGUACAUGAACACCCGGUGCCCCGCAUGGUGUGACCGCAUCCUCAUGUCCCUGUCAGCCAAGGAGCUGGUGCUCAGAUCUGAGAGCGAGGAGAAGGUUGUCACCUAUGACCACAUCGGGCCCAACGUCUGCAUGGGAGACCAUAAGCCCGUGUUCCUGGCCUUCCGCAUGGCGCCCGGGGCAGGUAAACCUCAUGCACGUGUGCACAAGUGUUGUGUCGUGCAGUGACGUGUGGGAAGAGGUGCCCGCGCAGCGAGGGGACCCUCCGUGAGACCUCCCUGUAGCAGCGUAUGAAAUACUCCUGCAGCAGCAUCAGAAACCCGCCCAGGCAGCACCUGCUCAACGGCCGGCCCACACUUCGCUUCAGCUCCGGACCACGCCGGGAAAGCCUCACAUACCUCACUGUUGUGUCUGUUUGUGUGACAUUAAGUAGAAGCAUUGGGUUUUUUUAAAAAAAAUAAUAAGUCACAUCCUGUUGCCAAAACUCUAAUAGCAAAGAGGUUCUGUAUUUUAGAUUUCAAAAUCUUCCAUUUUUAAUGAUUGUCUGUGGAGGAGCUUCUCCCGCCUAGGAACCCCACGGUGUCGGUGCCCUCUGCCAGGAGGAGGCCUCCAGUGCCUGCCCGGGCCCAGGCCGCUCCGUGGCCGACUCUACUGCCAUGUUACAUGGUGUCCGAAUCACACUGCAGCUGCUUCCCAUUUUUAUAUAUAUAAAUACAUAUAAAUAUAUACUUUUUAAGAAUAAUUUAUAAAUCUUAUCAAAACUUAUGCUACAUACACUCUUCAGUAUGAAUGUGCGUCGUAGCAGCGGGCAGAGCUGCGGCCGAGGUGUGUGGAGUGGGUGUGGACGCAGACAGGUGACCAGCAGUGCCAGGAGCAAGGCCUCUGCACCCGCUGGGCCAGCAAUUUGUCACUCCUCUGCCUUUUCUGUAACAUUAAGAACUGAAUGUGAAGUUUAUUGCUACCCUGUGUGUACCUUCUAAGGAUUUUGUAAACUGUUUUGUCUGUCCUUUGUUACCGUUUUAUGGUGCCAAUAUUCUACAUUAAACCAUAAUCUCGUGGGAGAAUUAGAAAUAGCCUUGUCCGCUUCCCACAGAGAUCGCUUCUAACAUGGGCUGUACAGACCACGGGAGAGAAGCAGCACUGGGCCGCACUGCGCCUGCGUGCCCACCCUGUGGCCACCUCUGCUCCCCGCCUGAGCACAGCCGGGGCCACUGCAGGGUGGAGACGCAGCGCCGGCAUAUUAUCUACUUCAGAACACUACAGCUCCUGGACUGGGCACGGCGUGAGGUCGACGUGGGUGUCUGCACAAUCACCACCACUACAACCGCGAGUGAUUUGGUCUCUGCUCGGACCCAGGCUCUCCACGCUACGGGCCGGUCUGUGAGUGCUGCCGUCGCUGCUCACCAACACGCCAUCGUGGCACCACGCAGCAGUUCUGUCUGUGGGCUUCAGCGGCGGUGACUCUCACUCGGAAGGCCUUUGGAAGUGACUGCUCGGUUCCUAAGCAAUAAAAUUGAUCAUGGUGAAAACA